AUGGCCGUCAAGGCUGGCCUAUACAGUCAAGGCUUGACGGUCGAUUUUCAGUGCUCCUCAGGUUAUUGCACUUUCCCAGACGAGAUCUACACGUUCGGCUAUACGCACAGUUGCGAAGACAUCGCCACCGAACUACGUUGCACUUCAACCCAGCGGCAGCAGAACAUCUCCAUCCUCGCCACGGAUCCCCAGACGCAAAUGCCCUUCGAUAGCUGGGAGAUCAUCAACGUCACCGACUUCCAGAUGGGACUGCCUUCCGGCCUCAAAGCGAGGGACUCGUACACCGACACCGAAGCUUACUAUCAAGACCGAUGGGUCAUGGCGUAUAAUAACGACAUCACUGCCGUGGAGCUGCUCAUGCUCAAUGUCGAAUACGUCGUCGUCCCCCAAGCUGUAAUGACAGCAAAACAGGCAACUGGACGAGCAGAGGCUAUGGUGCCGCCAGAUGCACACUCAGGACGGUAG